UAAUUUAGUAGUACAGAGUAUAGACAAAGAAGUUACAAGAAAAGUGACGAAUGGCUAAUUGGUAGAAGACAGUCUUUUACUCUUUGGUGGUAAAAGAAACAAAUUUGAAGACGGGUAAACAAAGCCGGUCCUGAUGAUAAUUCAGGUUCCAACCAAAAACUUUUAAAACUAAUAACAAGCCCAUCCAGAGCCGUUUAAGCGGGUAGUAAUAGCUGUUGCAAUAAAAGCUUUCUGCAAAUCUUCAAACACUAAAAGAAAUAGUUCAAUUUAAGCAUCGUUAUUAAUUUUAACCGGAGCAAACCGAUUGGUGAAAUUGGAUCAAACCGUCUCGAACCGGUGACCCUAAAAUAGACUGCUUCUUGGGUAUUUCGGAGCUCCUGCAACGUUUCUUCUCAUCGAUUUUGACCGGAAGCUCCAUGAAUCAAACAAGACUUUCUUUUUCUCUCGGGGAGGAUCAAAUGGCAAAAGUAAUUCCGUCACUAUAGCAAGCAAAGAAUAAAGGGUAAAGGUGUAAACUUUGCUUCUCUCCUUCAAAGUCCACGCGAUUCUCACUGCCAGCCUCUGUGAAAUUUCCAGACUUUCUCGCAUUUUCCCUCGUAUCAGCCGUCAAUUUCAAGUCUGAGUAAUCUUGUGAAGAAUCGAUGACAGAGAUAUUUAGCGACACCGGGUUCAGACAGUUAACUCAAAUGUUCCUGGCGAUAAUCUUCUUCCACACAUCGGAAUACAUUCUCGCCAUUGCCAUUCACGGAGCAUCGAAAGUAACUUUAAGCUCACUCUUAAUCAGCAAACACUAUGCUUUAGCAAUGCUAAUCUCGGUACUCGAGUAUAUAACCGAGAUUGUUUUCUUCCCGAGGCUGAAACAACACUGGUGGAUCAGCAAUUUCGGUCUUAUAAUGAUCAUACUUGGAGAAAUCAUCCGAAAAAUCGCGAUAAUCACAGCAGGUAGAUCGUUCACACACCUUAUAAAGAUUCGCCGGGAGGAGCAUCAUAGGCUUGUGACGGAAGGAGUGUAUCAAAUCAUGAGGCAUCCGAGUUACUCCGGGUUUCUUGUUUGGUCUGUGGGAACCCAAGUAAUGCUGUGUAAUCCAAUUUCAGCCGUUGCGUUUGCGGUUGUGGUGUGGCGGUUCUUUGCAGAGAGAAUACCUUAUGAGGAGCAUUACUUGAAGCAAUUUUUUGGGAGACAGUAUGUGGAGUAUGCGCAGAGGGUUCCUUCUGGUGUUCCUUUUGUAAACUGAUCCUUUGAUCAAUUGUGAACAUAUACGAGAAUGGUUCAAUUAUUUUUUACAUAGAAAGUUAUGAAAGAGAUAUUGUUACUCAUG